GAUUAUAUUUUGUUAUUUAUUCUGAUAAAACUUCCCAAACUGUGCCAACCUGAAUGAGUUCCUGUGAUGUACAGAUAGUGAAGAUGUGUCUUUUGGAGCUAAAACUUAAACUAGUUGGGUUUGUUUUGGGGUCAGAAGCCUCAGGAGCAUGUUUGGUGUUCCUCAUGAUGUUCUGGUUCUGGUUCCAUAUCCACUCUGACUGAUCAUCUUGUCUAAUUCCAGUGCUCUCUCGCUUACAGAGUUCCUCCUUUAUCCUGCUGCCUGCUUGUCCCUUCUGUGAAGUUUCCUGUACUUUGGUCUUCAUCCUGAAAGAAGAUGCCAGCUGCACUUGCAGAUACAAGUCAGAUCAUCUGUGAGGUCUGGGCCAGCAACGUGGACGAAGAGAUGAGAAAAAUCCGCCAGAUCAUUCAGAAUUACAACUACAUCGCCAUGGACACAGAGUUCCCCGGCGUGGUGGUUCGACCCAUCGGAGAGUUUCGCAGCACUGUGGACUAUCAGUACCAGCUCCUGCGCUGCAAUGUGGAUCUGCUGAAGAUUAUUCAGCUCGGUCUGACCUUCAUGAACGAAGACGGCGACUAUCCGCCCGGGACCACGACCUGGCAGUUCAACUUCAAAUUCAAUUUAACAGAAGAUAUGUACUCGCAGGACUCCAUAGACCUUCUGCAGAACUCAGGCCUUCAGUUCAAGAAGCACGAGGAAGAAGGGAUCGAUACGCUGUACUUCGCAGAGCUCCUCAUGACCUCGGGUUUGGUUCUGUGUGAAAACGUGCGAUGGCUCUCCUUUCACAGUGGUUAUGACUUCGGGUAUCUGGUGAAGCUCCUCACAGACGCUCGCCUGCCAGAAGAGGAACACGAGUUCUUUCAGAUCCUGAACCUUUUCUUUCCUGCCAUUUAUGACGUGAAAUAUCUCAUGAAGAGCUGCAAAAAUCUGAAGGGUGGACUUCAGGAAGUCGCAGACCAGCUGGAGCUGAAAAGGAUCGGGAGGCAGCAUCAGGCCGGCUCGGACUCGCUGCUGACUGGAAUGGCCUUCUUCAGGAUGAAAGAGCUAUUCUUUGAAGACAACAUUGACGACGCUAAAUACUGCGGGCGGCUCUACGGCCUGGGCUCGGGUUCCUCGCAGACUCAGAAUGGCAUCUCCAACUCUUCGCAAGAAGAAACCAACAACAAGCACUGACCUCUGACGCCACCAUGCACUUGUUUUUAAUCCCGCUGAGCAGAUACUGGAUUGUUUUUCCUUUCCUGCAUUCCUCAACCGCAUCAGUGUUGGAACGAUGGAGAAAACGACCAAUCCUCCUCUCCGAGCCAGUUCUGCUCUUCCACCCAGUCCUUUCACCAAAACAAAAAUGCUCAAGUACACACAUCCUCCUCCUGCGUAGUGGCGAUUUCCAAGCGCAUCAUUCCUCCUGGACAUUUUAUUCAUUUGUUUUACAGCAUUAAACAACUGAAAAUAUUUUUUAAGCACAGGACUAGCACCUCGCCUCGUAUCUCACAGCGUUUUUAAUAUGCUCCACCAGCAGUUUGGCACAAUCUCUCGUUCAGGAUUGCUUUUCUAUAAAAACAAAACAGAAACCAGGCUUGAAGAGAUCCGGUGUUGUACAGGUAUCGCAAGAAACAUCUGUUCAGCGUUGUGAUUAUUUUAAAUUAUGCUGCAAAGUGUUGUGUAUUAAAAUGUAUAACUUUCAAAGGAGCCAAUCUUUUAGCAUUUUUCCUAUAAAAAGUGUUUUAAAUCUGGAGAUCUUUGAUAUGAAAUAAGGUUCAGGGGUUCACUGGUUCUGUGCAGAACGUCUCUUAAUUUGUCCACCAUGAAACGGAUUGUUUGUGGUACGUAUUGUUUUUAUUCCAUCCGUUGUUUGAAACUCUUGUAUAUUAAAAUGUUUUCUAUCAA